GGGGGGUUAGAGCCUGCAACGUCAACUACCUGUGUGGCCCCCGCGUGGAGGACGGUGGACAGCGGAUGCGUUUCAUGGAGGACUUUUUACUGGAGACCCUGAACGCCUCCUCAGCAUUUUAUUGGACAUGCUGCCGACGUUACAUUUCACUGACCACACAAGGCAUCGCACGUGCCAACGCUUUUCUGCGAAUAUGACUUUGUGAGAAACUCUCUGGCUCGUCGCCCUCGCCGGGAUUCCCCGUAAUAUUUUCAACAAGAGACACGCAAGGAGGAGGGGAGAGAAGAACAUUGAGCCAAAAUGGACAAAGAAAGUAUUGGCACUCAGUACGAGCCCGUGGCUGAGAUUGGAGAAGGCGCUUAUGGGAAAGUGUACAAGGCCAGAGACUUGAAGAACGGGGGGCGCUUUGUAGCCCUGAAAAGAGUUCGGGUCCAGACGGAGGAAGAGGGCAUGCCUCUCUCCACCAUCCGGGAGGUGGCGGUACUGAGGCAGCUGGAGGCCUUUGAGCACCCCAAUGUUGUCAGGUUAUUUGAUGUUUGUACAGUCUCUCGGACCGACCGAGAAACCAAACUCACGCUGGUCUUUGAGCACGUGGAUCAGGACCUGACCACCUACCUGGAGAAGGCUCCUGACCCUGGAGUACCACCUGAGACCAUCAAGGAUAUGAUGUACCAGCUGCUUCAGGGGCUUGACUUCCUGCACUCGCACCGCGUGGUUCACCGUGACCUGAAGCCCCAGAACAUCCUGGUCACCAGCGGAGGACAGAUCAAACUGGCCGACUUUGGUCUGGCGCGCAUCUACAGCUUUCAGAUGGCGCUCACGUCAGUGGUGGUGACACUGUGGUACCGAGCCCCAGAAGUUCUGCUCCAGUCCAGUUAUGCUACACCAGUGGACCUGUGGAGUGUCGGCUGCAUCUUCGCUGAGAUGUUCAGGAGAAGGCCUCUUUUUCGAGGGAGCUCUGAUGUUGAUCAGCUGGGAAAGAUUUUUGAUGUCGUCGGGGUACCUUCGGUUGAAGACUGGCCCCAGGAAGUGGCCUUACCACAGAGUGCCUUCACGCCCCGGCCUCCAAAGCCAAUUGAAGACUUGGUUCCAGAGAUGGAGGAGCAAGGACGGGCUCUGUUGAUGCAAUUCCUCGCCUUCAAUCCCUCCAGGAGGAUAUCGGCCUUCGCAGCGUUGAGUCACCCCUACUUCCAAAGCGUGGACAGUCACAGCCGAAGCGUGUACGUCACCCAGCCUUUCCCCAACAACAAGCCCACUAUAGAGGAGAGGACAGCCUGACGGUCCUCCUCCAUA